AUGCCGCGCCGAAUGCACAAUACGACCUCUUUGCCUCGAGACUUGCGUUCCGAGCUGGGGAUUAAGGAUACAUACGGAGAGAAGAAGCGCAAACAGAAGGGACCUGCGACUCGGAAAGACCGACGGCGGGCUGAGCGCAAUGACAAGAAAUCCAAAAAACCGGUAGCACCGGCCAAGAAGCAGUUCCAGCGAAUUGAGGAACACGAAAAUGAUAAUGACGAAGACGAUUUUGACUUGAACGAGGACGACGACUUUUCCAGCGACGACCCACGGCCUGCGAAGAAAUCGAAGCUCGCUCCGGAGGCAAAGCCGAACCCCGCGUCGAAAACAAAGGCCUCUAAGAAGGACCGCGAUCCCAUUUCUGAUAGCGACAGUGAUGAAGCUCACGGUGAUGUAAAUGAAGAUGAGAUGGACGAGGAAUUCGACCACCAUCCAGAAGCUCUCCCAGAAUCGUCAGUUCAUGUUUCCGCUGCCGUCAAGUCCAAGCUGGCUCAGGACGAUGCGGAAAUUGCGGCACUUGAGAAGAAGCUUGGCCUCAAGAAAGGAAAAAAGCUUCCGAAGGCGUUUGCGGAGGAUGGUCUGGAGGAUUUGAUGGGAGACUUGGGCGAGGACUCCGAGGACGACAGCCGAAAGCGCAAGCGAGAGGCUGACGAGUGGCUGUUGAGCAAGAGACGCAAGGCGCAGGCUCUUCAGGCACAAGCGCCUGAAGACGAGGAAGACGAUGAAGAAGACGACGACGACCUCGACAGCGAAGAUGAUGGCGACAAUCUCGACGAUGAAAUCUUUGGAGACGAUAGCGAUGAUGACGACGACGACGGUAUGGGUGAGGGCAGCGAUUUUGAAGGAUUCGAAGAAGAGAAAGCGCCACCCAAGAAAAAGGAAAAUCCCUACGUCGCUCCAGUAUCGAAGCCCGAAGCUACACAAAAAUACAUCCCUCCGUCAAUGCGAGCUCGUCAAGACCCCGAGUCAGAGUCGUUAACACGUUUAAAGCGCCAAGCCCAAGGAAAAUUGAAUAAGCUAUCCGAGGCAAAUUUGAUUUCUAUUGUUUCCGAGUUCGAGAAGCUUUAUCGCGAUUACCCUCGUCAAAAUGUCACAUCCACUUUGAUCAAUCUGUUGAUGGGCAUGAUCUGUGAAAGAGCCGUUCUGCAGGAUACUUUCAUGGUUCUCCAUGCAGGUUUCAUUGCGGCUCUGUACAAGCUCGUGGGCAUGGACUUUGGCGCCGAGCUCGUGCAGCACGUUGUCGAAAUACUGGAUGCGGGUGCUGAUGAACGCGGCAAAUUCGAAGGCAAGGAGACCGUCAACCUGGUCUCCCUUCUCUCGCAACUUUACAAUUUCCAUGUUAUUGGCAGUACCUUGAUGUUUGACUACAUUCGUCUAUUCCUGGCGGAGAUUACGGAGACAAACACAGAGCUUUUGCUCAAGGUCAUCCGAAACUGUGGUCCCCAGCUUCGACAAGAUGAUCCGUCCUCACUCAAGGACAUUGUUCUGCUCAUCCAGCCCGCUGUAGCCAAGGCUGGCGAGGAUGCUCUUUCGGUUCGCACCAAGUUCAUGAUCGACGUUAUCACCGAUCUCAAGAACAACAAAGUCAAGUCUGCUAUUGGAGCCAGUGUGACCUCUGAACACAUCACCAAGAUGCGCAAGAUUCUAGGCUCGCUUAACAACUCUCGUGUCAUUCGCGCAUCCGAGCCCAUCAGCAUCAGCCGUGCCGAUAUCCACGAUUCUUCCAAGAAGGGCAAAUGGUGGCUGGUUGGUGCAAGCUGGAAGGAGGAUCCUUUGGUUGCUGCCAGGAAGGAAUUGUCUGGCGCGGCGACAAAGGAGGCUCCCGAUGUGGAAGACGACAGCGAAGCCGAACCCGACCUGGGAGACCUCGCUAGAGCUCACCGCAUGAACACCGACGUCCGUCGAUCGAUUUUCGUGGCGAUAAUGUCAGCGAACGAUUUCCAAGAUGCCCAUGUCCGUCUUCUCAAGCUUCGCUUGAAGAGGGCCCAGGAGUUUGAAAUCCCCCGCGUGCUCUUGCAUUGCGCAAUGGAGGAACAAGCCCACAAUCCCUAUUAUACUCUCAUCGCCCGACGCCUCUGCGGUGAACUGGGUCGACGCAUUAAAAUGUCCUUCAUGUUCGCCCUGUGGAACGUCUUCAAGCGGAUGGGUGAACGCGGCGAUCUUGACGACGAUGAUGACUUCGACCCUGACGACGAGGAAAGCGGAGUCAGCAUGAAGGCUGUGGUCAACCUGGCCAAGAUGUACGGUAUGCUGAUCGCAGACGGUUCCCUGACGCUAGGCAUUUUGAAGAACCUCAACUUUGCCUAUCUGCAGCCCAAAACCAAAACCUUUGUCGAGAUUCUGGUCAUUAGUAUCAUCCAGCAGUCGCAAAAGACUAAAAGGGCAAAGAAGAAGUCUGAUUCAAGCGAGUCUGGCUGGGAUGAGGAAUCUUUGAUGCAGAUCUUCUUGCGUGUCCAGGAGACGCCGCAGGCAGCCAAGGGUCUGAUCUACUUCAUCCGCAAGGUUGUCGCCAAGAGUGACAUCGUAACGGACAAGGAACAGAAGCUGGUGAAGUGGGGUUGCAAUGUUGCCGUGGAUGCUCUGAAGGCAGUUAAGGACUAA